AUGAGAACCUUGGAGGAUAAGUAUCCUAUCAGAAAAGGUUUCCUCGAUGGACGUGAAACAACUCCGAAGAUGCGAGAAAUACUCGUCGACUGGCUGGUGCAGAUGCAUUUGAAAUUCAAAAUGCAUAUUGAAACACGUUAUAUGUGUGUAAGUAUUAUUGACAGAUACUUACAGGACAACAAGGUGGGACGUAAUACAUAUCAGUUAGUUGGGACAUCUGCAUUUUUGUUAGCUGCUAAAUACGAAGAGAAGUUCUAUCCCUGCAUGUAUGAUUUAAAGUUCAUCGGCGGUCGCAUUUAUUCUAGAAAAAAAAUUCUACAAAUGGAGAGAGACAUACUGGUUAAGCUCGAUUUCGGUCUGGGUCGCCCCUCAUCCAUUGAAUUUUUGAGAAGGUACGGUCAGAUUGCUAAGAUGCGCAGGGUUCAUCAUGUCUUGGGAAAAUAUAUGUUGGAGCUGGCACUUAUGGAAUACGGCAUGAGCCACGUAAAACCAUCGCUUCAGGCUGCUGCAGCCUGUUGUCUAUCAAUGAGAAUUCUUAAUGGCAUUAGCGACUUGUCGAGUCUUUGGAAUCCAACCCUCAUUUAUUAUACGGGUUACGAAUAUGCUGACUUCGAAGGACUUGUAGUUUGCUUGGCAAGAAUUUUGAUCAAAAGUGAGACUUCCAGCUUGCAAACUAUCAGGAGGAAGUAUGCUGGUCCAGAAUGUGCAAAAAUAAGUACAAGUUCGUUGUUGAAGGGAUCUCUUGUGAGGAAGUUUGCCGAUAUGACAACUUUCUAG